AAGCAUAUUUUUCGCGUUUAAACGUCUUCUUACGUACAAACAGCACGAUUUAUCGCACAUUCACAACGAUGUUUUGAAGAAUUUUUUUCAUUCAUAAAAUUACUUUAUUCCACUUUCUUCUCACUAUUUCAACGAAAAAUUAUCAAAAACUUCUACGUACAACUUCGCCGAGUAAACACACAUGACGUAUAUAAUUCGACACGUCUUCGAUAUAAAUUAUUGCGACUUAGCACCAACCAUUGUUCAGCGUAUCUAUGAUAAUAGCUACAUCUGUUUUUCUUGCCAUAUGUGUACUGAGCAAAUUGAAUUUUUUCGAAGAUCAAUAGGUGACGUCGCGUCAUGGUGUAUUACAGCGAGCAAAUGGCUUAUCAAAUCAUGCAUACAUAUUUUUUCGUAUAUAAUAGACAUUAUUGUUUCGAGAUUGAGCAGUUUUACUUAAAACUAUUAUCCGUGAGCCUAUAGCAGCGAAAGAAUAGAGGAACACAAUAAGCUAGUUGAGACUUUAUAUCUUGUUGUUUUGCGUGAAUGAUCAAAUUGUGUCGGGGCUGAAUGACUUAAAAGAACCAAAAUGUUGUUAUCAAUUGUACUAGUUGUAUGCUUAAUCUCGUCCAUUCAUGGAGAAAAGCUCCAUGAACACAUGACAAACGAUGAGAUUCUAUCGGUAUUCAACGUUCACCAUGAUGCUGUAAAAGGCCUAGAUUACCAACUUGUGAAGAUCAUCCAUUUAGACCCACGCAAUGUUUCUGAAGGACGUAGAGUUCGCACACGGAUGUCGCAACCCAAUUUGCAUUUGAAAGCUUUCGAUCAAAACUAUACGUUGUAUCUGGAAGAAAACGAUAAUGUACUCCUCGGAAGUAAUACACCAGUUUUCAUAGCCAAGCUGAGACCGCGUGAGAGGAGUGGUUUCAGCAAUGAUACUAAUAAUAUUGUUUAUUCACGAAUCAAAUACCCUUUGCCGGCCAGUUUCAAAAUGUAUCACGAUGUAGAAAACAGAGCUGCUGUUACGUUGCAACAUGAAGACGAUGACAAAUUUCAUGUCAACGGUAUCGUUGGAGACGACAUUGUCAUUCGUUCGCUACCCAAACGUGUCCACGAUGAAGUUUUGAGCAAAUACUCGACCAGAUCCAAAAGAUCUUCCAUAUUCGACGACGAUUCAUUCUACUUCGACAACCCCUUUGCUGACCCUAACUCCGUCUUCAAAGAUACCUACAAGACAACCCAUCACGUAAUCAUAAAGCCAAAUGUAAAUGAUAACCGACCAGUUUUUGGAUCACUUAACACUUUCUUGAACGAGAUAAAAAACAAUUACUUCAACAACAAUGAAGACGACUCAUUCAGUGGAUACGUCCCUUGGAAAAACUUACAUAAAACCUACAACUUUUCUGGACCUAUCUAUAAUCGACACAACGAUUCCUCCACCAGCUUUGUCAGCUGGGAAGGUUCUUACAAACCAUAUAAUCCUUCCGGACGCACAUACGUAUCCCACGUGAAUUUGCGUCCUAUGUACGAGCCUUUCAACUGGCGUCAAGAUACUAAAGCUCCUUACACAAGGCGUCCGACAACAGGGCUACCGUUCACCUGGUGGCGACAACCAACUUUACCAACUGUGACCUGGUACCAACCCUCCAUCAAGGACCCUGCAAGCUGGAUUUUCCCAACCACAAAGAAACCGUUCACCGGUUACACCUUACCCACCAGAAAGCCAACACCUGGCAGUAGAUUGCCAAUUCAUACUAGAUUCCCACCUAGGAUUCCUACUACCGUGCCGACCAAAAAACCGGUAACUUCAACUACUCAGAAUAGAAUCCCUGUUACUCCUGCUCCUGCUGGAUCAGGAACUAAGAGAUCAGAUACCGUGUAUCCUCAGCUUUUGAUUACCAUCGAUUACGACACAUUCAAGGCUCAUGGCAGCGAUGUAGAAGAGGUUUCGAAAUACAUGGCCGCUUUCUGGAACGCAGUGGAUUUGAGAUACAGAGAAUUGAACAGCCCAAAUGUGCGACUUAACAUCGCUGGUCUUAUCAUUCCAAAACAACCAAACAGUACAUCGUAUAUGGAAGAAAACAAGGUCCGUGCCAAUUCUGCAUUAUCAGAGGAAACUUUGAAAACAAUAGGCAAAUACUUUGCUAAGAAUUUUAAAGAAUUCCCCAAGGAUAUGUAUGACAUUGUUGUUGGUAUGACCCUGAGUGAUUUGGGCGAUGUCGACGAAGCAGGUAAAUUCAAUGGUGGAACGACAGGUAUCGCAUAUCUCAAAGGUGCUUGCAAACUCGAGUAUGGAUUCGCCACUGGACUUGUAAGAGAUACAGGUGGCUUCAACGGUAUAACCACUGCUGCCCAUGAAGUGGCCCAUGCACUAGGCGCACCACACGAUAGUAAAGAACCUGCAGAUGCCAGUCAAGGACCUUGUUCCUGGGAAGAAGGUUACUUGAUGAGUUAUAACAGGAAAGACAAGAAGGGAAUGCACUUCUCUAAUUGCAGUGUCCAAGCUAUGCAAGAUUACUUCAGGACCCCAGAAGCUAAAUGUUUAAAAAACAAACCUAACACUGGAUCCUCAUACCCUAAACUUCUUCCGGGAAAAAUACUCAGCAGAGACGAGCAAUGCAGGAGGACAAUGGGAAACACUUGGACUUCUUACGUGGGGUAUGAAUCCAACUGUGCAACGCUUUGGUGCAAGGAAAAUGAUUCUACUACUAUUACAACGCAUUACCGCCCACCAGCUGAAGGAACUUAUUGUGGAGAAGGAGCUAUCUGCCUCAAUGCUGAAUGCGUCAAAGAUCCUGAACUAUCCCAGUAAAAAUGUUCAUGAAUCGACUUGAAAAUUUUGUAUGUAGUUUAAAUAUUUAUUCACAGCAAGAAUUGAUGUGAUAAAAUUAUCUUCCGGGAUUUGUAUUUUUUUACGUAAUGUACCAUAGAUUUAAUAAAUAUGAAUGAAAUAUAUAAUCAAAUAA